AUGCUGACAUCCAAUUAUCAGUUCAGAUCAAACUGGCUCGUUGAUCACGCCACUGGCACCUACACAGCGACCCUACGGUCGCCAACUGGCGGAGCGGCUGAUCCGGCUCUGACAUCCCAUGGCGUUGAUCAAGCGAGGGAGCUCGGCGAGCGGCUGUUGAAGGCAGAGCCGCCCAUUGAGCGCGUCUAUUCCAGUCUAUACUACCGAUGUCUUCAGACAGUCGAACCCUUUGUGCGCAAGGCCAUCGUCACUGACAAGCGCCUGUCCAUAAGGGGCGAGACUGGUCUGGGUGAGUGGUAUGGAGCAGCCAACUUUGAGCACCCGGUCCCAGCGUCCCAUGAAAUUCUGAGGCCGCUGUUCCCGGGCCUGCUCGACGAAGAGUACAGACCGCUAGUAACGCCGACCCGCAUGGGAGAGGGUGUUGAUGAGCUGCAUGACCGAGUCGCCAGGACCAUGGACGAGCUCAUUGCUCAGUGCGACAGAGAGGGCGUGCGUGCCGUUCUGCUCUGCUCACAUGCUGCCACCAUAAUCGCUUUGGGCCGAGUGUUGACUGGUGACAUGCCGGAGAGCAUCGACACUGAGGACUUUCGGGCCUUCACCUGCGGGUUGAGUGUCUACAGGCGACGGGCAUCCCCCGCGGGAAUCGUAUCCGGGACAGUUAAGUGUCACGGCGAUGGCAUUGCAACCUCGUCAGGGGCCUCUGCUGCACACGCUGCAGAUCGUCACAAGGAUCUCGCCUGGAGAGGUGGUCGGGGCGUUGGUGGGGGGUGGAUGUGUGAGCUCAAUAGUGACUGCACUCAUCUUUCACUAGGGGAAGAGCGAGGCUGGCGCUUUUCUGGAGACGAGUCGUUCCUUGGUACUGCUUCGGGACAAAGCAUGCUCGAUGCUGGACAGCUGGGAGUGGUUGUCGAGGGCAGAGGGGGUGGGUCGACAAAUCGGGGAAAGCUUUGA